AUGAUCCUUAAUCGCCUUUCCGAUGGUCCCGCCAUGAUCCUCUCUCCUUCUCCAGAACACGCCUUCGCUCAGCUCCCCUCCCAGUCUCUGCUGGAUACCCCCGGCAGCUUCCAGAGCUACCCGCACUCCAUCUUCGCGGGUAAUGGCUUCGUCCAGCCGGCCGCGAGCUCCCACUUUACGACUGCUCCCACCCCGCCCAAGCCGUCUCGCAAGAGGUCGCGUGAUGAGACCGCCCUCGAAGAGGCCCGCGCCAGCAAUGCGCCCUCAGAGCCGCAUCCCACUCCCGCCCCCAAGGAGGAGCCCAUUUACGGCGAGGGAAUGAUUCUGCUGAACCCACAGACAGGGAUGGCUGUCUCUGCUGAGAGCCAGACCGGGACCUGGUACGAAGAAAAAGCUGAGUUGCGGCAAGCGGCCGCCGCGCCAGUCUCGUCGCGAUCCGCGGCGCUGCAGCCAGAUGCUGCCGAUAUCAGUCGCAAGUCGCAACGGCUCGACGUGUCUGCGCCGGGUCUGGAUGAUAUUGCGCUCUCUUCGAUUCACCAGCGCCUGAAUAGCUCCGAUAUGGCCGACCAACACCGCACUGCCGGAUCUACGCCCCCGGCUGAGCCCCUCAUCGACGAUGCCACCCGCCUCCUAGGCAUCAGCUGGCAGCGCAUUGAUACCGACGAUGGCAUGGCCCCCGCCGUCCGUGGCUGGACAAAAUACAUUGACAACCAGUACGCCGCCUAUUUGCAUGACUCACAGAUGCUCAUGAAAAGCCGCGCCCUGAACGCCUACCUUGUGGCCGCGACGCCCGUCUCCGCGCCUUCGCCCGCCUUCUACCUCUUCAACGAAGACCUCACCCAGGCCCAGCUUGUGGCUUCAUCAUGGGAAGCGUGCCUGCAAAACCUCCGCUGCACCCCUCUCGUUUUCGAAGGUGCCGCUCCUCUCACCGCUGCCGGUCGCGCACAACCAGCGGCGAAUCCUUUCAGCACCAUCCUGGCCCCCGGUAUUCCCCUGCUGCAGCAGGCCCUCUCCAGCCACUCGCACUCACCCACCUCCAGCAUGGAGGUAGGAGCGGAACUGAACGGAGGUGUCGACAUGGGAAUGGAAAUCGACUCCUAA